GUAUCCUGAACUUUCUCCUCGAAGGCAGUUGCAACAUCAAUUCCCAGCUGACACAUCCUGACAGUCUCACCACCCGCUACCACUUGCACCUUUUGCCAAAACUCGGCGGCCGACAUUAUGACCACGUAGCUGCUCGGAACGACUGACCCCGACUGCGCUCAACAUGGUGUAUCCAGCACACGGACACGCUGCAUCAUGGGCUUUCCGGGACUGCUAGGGUCUUCGAGCAUCCACGCCGCGAAGGCAAAGGGCGAAGCUCCCAUCAGCAUAGCUUCAUCAUCCUCUGCGACAGUCGCCGAGUCAGUAUUAUCUGACCACAUCUCGGAUGAGGCCCACCUGCGACCCAUCCCGCCGGAAGCCCCGGAUCUACGGGAGCUAAACGCAUGCCUCGAUGCGCUCGUAGCAGUGUUCCCCGACAUCCAGACCGAGGUGUUUCGAGAGAUGCUCACCAAUUUCGACGGUGAAUCAAGACUAGCCUUGGUCGCCGACGCCUUGCUCAAGAACCGAGCCACUUGGGUGAAAGGCCGCUGGCGGGUAGCAGACAAGGAGGGCACAUCCAACCUCGCCUCGUCGGGAGCCGCCGGACAGUCAUGUGGUAUCCAAGUUCCUAAACGAGAGGCAUUUCGAAGUCCCGAGUAUAAGCAGGCGGUGAAGACCAUGGCUUGGCGCGAAUUUAGAGGGCUGUCCCGGUCGACCAUCAACGCCGUCCUGGCCGAGUCGAACUAUUCCUACCUCGACGCCCGUCAGACGCUUGUAGACCUGUCGUCCAAGUCAUGGCGCUUUACCAUCUCGGCUCUCUUUCUGCGCCGGAAGCCUGUCUCGACCGCCGAGGCCGAGACGCAUCCUCUGGUGAUCUGGAAAUCCACAGGUCAGGGGUCCAUCAUACCCACUUUGAAGUCGACUGGCAAUGCCGAGCUCGAUCAGGAGCUCUUUGCAGCCCUUAUCGUUCCGCUGAAAGAGCGGUGCCGCGUCGACCAGGAAGCCAAAGACCAUCAGAUGGCCGUAGCACUGAAUAGCGCCGAGGCAGAAGCGACCGAGAGCACAAUCGAGUGUACUUGUUGCUUCACCGAGUCGGCGUUUGAGGAGUUCACAUCGUGCACUACUCAAGGCCACAUGGUCUGCUUCAGGUGCGUGCAGCACUCCGUCUCGGAGGCUGUGUUUGGGCAAGGCUGGCAGCGAAGCAUCGAUAAGUCGACUGGCACUCUCCGUUGCCCGGCCGUAGAUGCAGAGGAAUGCCAGGGGUCUAUCCCUCAGGAACAAAUGCAUCGAGCAAUGCUUGAAGAGAAGAACGGUGCCGAGAUGUUGCAUAAAUUGGAGCAGCGCCUUGCGGAUUACAGUCUGGUGUCGAGUAACCUGCCUCUAGUGCGCUGCCCCUUUUGCUCGUACGCUGAAGUUGACGACGUCUACCUACCUGUGAGCAAAAUGCAGCUGCGCCUCCAGGCUCACGGUAUCUACAAUCUCGUCCUCAUCAUCCUGUGCCUGUGUUGCAUACCCUUCCUGAUCCCCCUGGUGCUUUUGUCGUCAUUCGUCGCCCUCCUCGUCAGUUCCAAGCGGACCUUUGACGACAGCCUUAAGAGGGAAUUCCGCGAAGCCCUCGUUCGCCACCGGCGCCGGCGGCGUGGGCUCAGGUUCGAGUGCCGGAACCCGAAGUGCAAGCGGGCGUCGUGCCUAAGCUGCAACAAGGCGUGGGUGGACGUGCAUGUGUGCAACGAAUCGUCUCUCGUGGCGCUCCGCACCCAGAUUGAGCAGGCCAUGAGCCUGGCCAUCAAGCGGGUCUGCCCUCGCUGCAACACGUCGUUUGUCAAGACAGCCGGGUGCAACAAGCUCACGUGCCCGUGCGGCUACAAGAUGUGCUACGUCUGCAGAAAAGACAUUGGCUCCGACACCGGGCCGGACGCUGGGUAUAGACACUUUUGUGAGCAUUUCCGGCCCGAGGGAGAUGGCCGCAAGUGCAAGGAAUGCAGCAAGUGCAACUUGUGGGAAGCAGAGAACACGGACGAGGUGCUACAGAAGGCAAAGGAGGAGGCAGAGCGCAAGUGGAAGGAGAUGGAACGGAGGGAGCUGUCGGGAGCAGAGAAGACGUUUCUGGAGACGGGCGUGGCAUCGCAGGCAGGGCCCCGGGGGCUUGAGACGGUUCUGCGCCAGGGAAGAUGGCCGACGCUGGCGGAGGUCUGCGAUGUGAUCCUGGAGCAUGUGCUGGUAUAGCCUGUCGGGUAGGUGGGACGGUGCGAUCGUGAAAUACCUGUAGAUCAAUGAUAAUGGUAGGGCAUUCUGGGGGGUGUAUUGCACUGGGUGGCGUCGGCGUGUUUUGGCAAUACAUACCUGGGAUUUCGGUUUAUUCUACAUAAGGUACUUGCACAGAUUCAUGAGCCCGAUGUUACCAUCUUGGACUUGUCAGUGAAUUGUUGGUGUGUUUGAAGGUCAAAGUCAAUGUACUGUACGAAUAUGGAUUAUGUAAG